AUGCUCACGACCGGCGCCUCGCUCCAUAAUUGGACCAUCCUUUUGCUGCUAUGCAGUACAUCCACGUCGGUACUCGCUGAGACGGUGGCGAAUGAGACGACGACUGCUGAACAAAGCGCUGCUGGUGUAUAUUCAGGUGCCACGACACACCAUACAUCGCAAGCCACUUCGUUGCCUUUGCCUUCGCCCUCGCCUUCGCCCCUUUCCACACGAAGAUACUCCGACAGCGAGAGCACCUCUCCGUACCGCACCAUCAACUACAUUACACACACGCUACCACAGCAAUGCGCAAAGACAAGCUGGUCGGCGCCAGGAGAGACGGCCACUGUGAACGGUACAGGCGUUGAAGGAGGAGGGGCUAUCGCAGGUCUGCAAACCCCAGCCCCUGGAAUAUGGGUGGGUUCCGAGAACAUCGCAAACGAGGAGAGAAAGAACGCCAACUCGGACGCAUCAUCACAGCCAGACGCGACUGGCGCGGCGCCAAGUGCAGCAAGCAGUGGUACCGAAGGCACGCAGCCGGAGCUAGAGCUCGAGGUAGACUCGCCUUUUGACAAUGCAAACUUUUUGUCGUUUGAGGAGUGGAAGAUGAAGAAUCUGGCCAAGGCCGGUCAGUCACCUGAGAACGUUGGGCAGGGCAGGCCGGCAGCAUCAAACCAAGCUCCUCGUCGGCGACCCGUCAAUGUCAACGCCCUGGACUCGUUUGGCGAUGAGGGCGAAAUCUCGAUUGAUUUUAGCGGGUUUGGACGCCCAGAAGAUGGGGGCGUAGCAAACGGUAUUCAGCAAGCCAGGCACAAUGCUGAGGCUACCAAGACUGCGAAUGGCGACGGCAAAGUGGCUCCAGGAUCGUGGGCGCUUAGCAAAGACGCUGGUAAGACGUGCAAGGAGCGGUUCAACUAUGCCUCUUUUGACUGCGCUGCCACUGUUCUCAAAACUAACAGGCAGGCCAAAAGUUCCUCUUCGAUUUUGGUCGAAAAUAAGGACAGCUACAUGCUGAACAUAUGUUCGGCAGACAACAAGUUCCUCAUAGUUGAGUUGUGCGACGACAUUUUGGUAGAUACUGUUGUUCUCGCCAACUAUGAGUUUUUCUCGUCCAUGUUCCGACACUUUAGAGUCAGUGUGUCAGACCGUUAUCCUGUCAAGAUGGAAAAAUGGCGGACCCUGGGCACGUUUGAAGCACGCAACUCUCGCGACAUUCAGCCUUUUCUCAUCACCGAGCCUCAGAUUUGGGCGAGAUAUCUUCGCGUCGAGUUUUUGACGCAGUACGGAAAUGAAUACUAUUGUCCACUUAGCUUACUACGUGUGCACGGCACUACAAUGUUGGAGCAAUUCAGACAAGAAGAGGAGGAGGCGAGAGGAAUUGAUGAUGACGAAGAUCUGGAGGCCGACGGUGUCGAAGUCAAGAAACCGGCGGUGGACAGCGGACCGUUGCCUCCAGAAAAUAUACCCAUUGAAGCUUUGAAAGACGAUAGUACAAGCUUUGUGGCGUCACAGGUCAUCGAUACAACCAGUCAUCAGAGUACUUCUGAGUCUAAGGCGGAACCAGACCCUCCCAGUCCGCCAUCUGAUGCCUAUGGCUCGUCUACAGUUGCAAAUGAGCAACCAGCUGGUCAAACGACUGAUGUGCCCCAGAAUCAACAGGCCUCAGAACCAAGCUCGGCUUCCUCGCCAACUCCUACGGACAAAUUGAGAGACUUGAAUAUAACAGCUCCCGGAGAAAAUACCGCUCCCACUGCAACUUCGAUCAUUGACAAGGCCGAGGCUUCAUCCCCAGUUCACAGUUCCACAACCGAAUCCUCGGCGGUCACCUCGCCAUCUGUACCGCCCAAUGACAAUCCCACAACUUCCUCAACCGAAUCGAUAGCGGCAGGAUCCUCAAGCAGUUCGUUAGCCAAAGUUUCUAGUGAUGGCACAGUUAUUCCUCCACAGGCACAGUCGCAGGGACGGGGCUCAGCUACGCAACCCAACGCUCCUACUCCAUCCACUCAAGAGUCGUUUUUCAAGUCGAUACAUAAGCGCCUUCAGUAUCUCGAGGCCAACAGCACGCUCUCAUUGCAGUACAUCGAGGAGCAGUCCCGUGCGCUCCGGGACGCGUUCAUGAAAGUAGAGAAGCGACAGUUGGCAAAGACUGAAAAGUUCCUGGAUCACCUGAAUAGUACAGUGAUGAUAGAGCUCAAGAGUUUCCGCAACAUGUAUGAUCAACUGUGGCAGAGCACGGUGAUUGAGCUGGAGAGUAUGAAGGAGCGACAAAAGUCUGAGAUGGGCGAGAUUGGCACUAGGUUGAGCUUGUUGGCAGACGAACUCGUUUGGCAAAAGAGAAUGGCCGUAGUACAGUCCACACUGUUGCUCUUGUGUCUUGGUCUAGUCCUCUUUGUACGGUCCGGCACGCUGGGAUCCAGCGCAGAUGUCCCGAUCGUGCACCAGCUAGGCAACAAGUACACAAGCUUCUUCGAGACCUCGCCAACACGCAGCACACCCAACACAGCGGGCAUGGCACGGCGCCGCAGUACCUUCCGCAAAAUGUGGAAGAGCGACACCUCGGCCGGCCUCAGCGACCACCACAGCGACGCCGAAACCGACGGCCUCCGCAGCCCCAUCCAAGCCGACUGUAGCUCCCCCAUCCCCGACACCCCCAUCGCCCGCCGCCGCGGCAGCAGUCUCUCCCCCCGCCUCGACAGCCUACAAUCCACACCCGUCCGCGACCACACCCACACCCACGACAACAUGCCCCCAACCCCCAUGUCCGAAGACCAAGCCGCGCGCAUCCAAGUCCUCGCCACGCAAUCCGGUCCCGCUACCCCCAACGGAACCCGCGAUAGCCGCCCCUCGUGGGAAGAAGUCGAUCGCGCAAUGGACUUGCUAAAAGCUGAGGAACAGAAUCAGGAACCGCCCUCGCCGGUUUCAUCGCCGUCGUCGGCGUCGCAACAGCAGCAGCAGCAUCUUCAGAGUCCGUUGCGGAGGGCGCAUAGUCAGUAUGAUGAGGGGGGUGAAGAGGUGCUUGGGGGUGGGUAA